AUGUUCUUGCAGCUACUGAAAGCCAUGGAGUACCUUCACCAAGCGGGCAUCGUGCACAGGGACCUGAAGCUUGAGAACAUUUUACUAGAUUCCCAAAACAAUGUCAAACUGGCUGACUUCGGCAGUGCUGCAACCUUCAGCGAAGGUAAGACCUUCACAGACUUAUGUGGGACCCCCAUGUAUUUGGCCCCGGAAGUUUUCCUUCAGAACUACAAGGGACCGGAGGCAGAUAUCUGGAGCCUUGGGGUCAUCCUCUACUCAAUGGCAUCUGGGCUCUUCCCAUUUAAAGGACGGGACCUCGAUGAACUGCAAACGGCGAUCUUAAGAGGCACCUAUAGAACACCUGCUUUCAUUACCCCCAAAUUAAAAUCCUUUAUCCAAAGUAUCCUAACCCUUGACCCCAGAAAGAGACCCACCCUCCACCAGAUGAUGGAAGACCCCUGGAUCCAGUCUCGGAAAGACAGCAUGAGGUCACGCAGGGCAGCGACAGAUAUGCCACCAGAGGCAGCCACCCCACUGGAGGCCUUCACCCCACUGGAGGCCUUCACCCCACUGGAGACCUUCACCCUACUGGUGGCCGUCACCCCACCGGAGGCUGCCACCGCAUCGGAGACUGCCACCCCACUGGAGUCCACCACCCCACCGGAGGCGGCCACCACACCAGAGAUCGCCACCCCCCCCGGAGAGGCCACCACCCCACCAGAGGCCUCCAUCUCAUCGGUGGACACCACCCCACCGGAGGCCUCUAUCCCAUCAGUGGCCACCACCUCACCAGAGACCUCCACACCACCAGAGGCUGCCACCCCACCGGAGGCCUCCAUCACAUGGGUGGCCACCACCCGACCAAAGAUCGCCAACUCACCGGCAGUCUCCACCACACUGGAGACCUCAAGCCCAUCGGUGACCACCAUCCCACAGGAGGACCCCACCCCACCGGAGGCCUCCACCCCACCAGAGGCCGCCACCCAACCAGAGGCCUCUACCUCAUCAGUGGCCACCUCCCCAGAGGCCGCCACCCCACCAGAAGCCUCCAUCUCAUCCGUGGCCACCACCCCACGGGAGGCCGCCAUCCCACCGGCAGCCUCUACCCCACUGCAGGCCUCCAUCCCAUUGGUGGACACCACCCCACAGGAGGCCGCCACCCCACUGGAGUCCGCCACCCUACCACAGGGUGAAACGCUACCCAAAGCCACCAACCCACCUGAGGCCACCACCCCACUGGAGGCUGCCACCCCACCGGAGGGGGACACACCACCAGAGACCUCCUCCCCACUUAUACCCAGUCCCACUUGUACCCCCCAGCCUGGCCCCGUGUCCUCUCCCUGCAGCACCAGCCGCCUUAGUGGAGGCUCGGCUGGAGACACAGGAGCUGAGGCAAUUCCCAGACAGGAACACUCUCUUCCAGCUGGGCAGGUAGUGGAGGACGAACCCACUGAAGUGGGCCAGGGCCGGCGGGGGUGCGCUAGGAGGAUCGUGAACUUCUUUCGCAGAAUGUUCUGCCUCCCGCCGGCCCAAAAGAACCGCGGCAGGAACAAGGGGCCGGGAGUGGAGCCUCUGUGGUCUCAAACCGUGAAUUAUGUGGGACAGCUGGUGGGGCAGGUGAUUGUCACCCUGAAGGAACUCUACAAGUGCAUUAACCAGGCCACCCUCUCUUGGUGUAUCAAAGUCAUCGUGGGACAGCAGCAGGACGGCACCUAUCACUGUCCACCUUUCUGCCUUCGGUUCGGGAAGCUGGGAGUCCUGAGAUCCAAAGAGAAAAAAGUGAUUGAUAUAGAAAUCUGUGGCAAUGCAGCAGAUCUUCACAUGAAGUUGGGUGACAAUGGAAAAGCUUUCUUUGUGGAGGAGACUGAAGAGGAAUGUGAAAAGCUUCCUGCUUACCUCGCCACCUCACGAAUUCCAACUGAAGAUCAAUUCUUUAAAGAUAUUGACACCCCUUUGAUGAAAUCAGGUGGAGAUGAAAAACAAUCCCCAAGUCCAGACAGCUAACACAUCUUAGCAACAGAGACAGUUUUCACCCCAAGUUCUGUGAAAAAGAAAAAAUGAAGGAGAAAGAAAUGAAAACAGGACAGGAAGAAGGAAGAGCAGGCUGCUUCUCCCACUGCGGAAGACACAUGUGAUGUGGGCGUAAGCUCUGAAGACGACAAAGGCUCCCAGUCAGCAACAGGAUCUUCAAAUGCUUCCUGCAAGGAAGAAGAAUACAAGGAGCCAGAGCUGGAGGUGAAACCCACUGAGAGCCUGCUCAGAUCAGAGUCUCUGGAGAGGACGUGGGGAGGACUUCCAGAAUCCACCAAGGUCAGCAAAAGAGAAACAGCUGACUAUCAUCCCAGGUUGGCUAUAAUCACACCAUCAGAAAAUACCCAUUUUCAGGUAAUUCUCAGUGAGGACAACCUCGUAAGUGAAGUUGAGAAGGAUGCUUCCAUUGAAGACACUGCUAUAGUGAAACCCAAGCCCAGAGCCCUGUGUAAGCAGUUGAGUGACACAGCUCCCACCGCAGAGCUCCUCCAGCCUCUGGAAAGUCCCCAGAUUCCAUCUCUGUUAGAUGUGGACCACCUUCCCAGCCCAUUCUCAGCAGAGGCUGCCUUGGAAUCCAAACCAGCAGCUAAAGUAGACUCACUGUCAAAGAAGCAAGGUAUCCACAAGAGAAGCCAGCACCAGGGACUUGAUGAUAUUUACCCUGAUGACCUAAGGGCUCUAGAACCUGAAGUUACAGCUCUCUAUUUCCCUAAAAGUGAAUCAGUUCAGUGGCAGUGGCCCAGGCAGUGGCCCAAGUCUGACACGCUCUCCGGCUCCCAGUCAUCACAGUCCGUGAGAGGUGCAGCUGUUGAUAGUGGCACUGGGUGCCUCUCGGAUUCUGCCACAGACUUGCCAGAUGUCACCCUCUCCCUGUGCGGGGGCCUCAGUGAGAAUGGAGAAAUCUCUAAAGAAAACUUCAUGGAACAUAUCAUUACUUAUCAUGAAUUUGCAGAAAACCCUGGACUCAUAGACAAUCCUAACCUUGUCAUACGGAUAUAUAAUCAUUACUGUAACUGGGCAUUGGCUGCUCCCAUGACCCUCAGCUCACAGGUGUUUCACAAGAGUCUGCCUAAGGCCACAGUCGAGUCCUGGGUUAAAGACAAGAUGCCAAAGAAAACUGUUCGCUGGUGAUUUUGGCGUAAAAGAGAAAGCCUGACCAAACAGCUGCCAGAAGCCAAGAAGGGAAAAUCUGAGGUGCCACCAAUCCGUGACCUGCUGUCAAGUGCGAAGGAGCCAGCAAGUGCCAGGCCAGCAAAGGAUGACUCUUCGCGUGAUGAGGCAUCGCCAGAGCUUGAAGAAUCAAUCAAAGUGGACUCCAUCCCUAUGGAGCCCCUGAGCCAUGGCAGCACAACUUUGUAUAAGAAGUCUCUCCAGCUCUCCUCAGACCAGUUAGCAAAACUGAAGCUCCAUGAUGGCCCAGAUGAUAUUGUGUUUAGUAUCACCACCCAGCUUCGAGGGACCUGCCGCUGUGCAGGGAAAAAAGUAUCCAAGGUACUCAAUACUACUAUGAAGUCAAUAUAUAGCCACCUGCACUCUCAUAUGCAUGGCAAAACAUAA